AUGAGCGCCUACGACACCAAAGGCCAGCCAGCCCACAGCGCGGCCGACUGCGCGCGCCUCUGCUUGCAGGACACUAGCUGCGCCGCCAGCACCUGGCAGAGCUCUAGGUCGCGGUGCUAUCGGACCGCGCGCCCCGCCGCGGGCUCCCCAGAUCCUGUCGCGGAGGUGAACGAGGACGACGGCCGGGGGUACGUGGCGCUGCAACCACUGGGGGAGGCGGCCAACGACCACGACCGUCUCGACCAGGUGUGUCAGUCCCGCGUGGACGCUGCGCUGGCGCCGGUGCAGGAUCGCGUCCGGCAGUGUGAUAGCUUCAUUGAGGGGAAUUAUACGCUUCUGGAUCACACCAACAAAGAUAUCAACAACAUCCCCAUCGGGCAAGCAGAGACAGUUAUUGCAGGCGGGGCCAUCUGGAAGACAUAUUAUUUCCAAGCGGGUGGUGGCGGUGCUUCCAUGGAUUAUACAGACCAGAUCAGCACCGUUCCCGAAUGCCUCAAGUGGUGUGUGCAGCGCGCCGCGGAUGGCUGUGUGCGGGCCGAUUUGUCGCCAGAUGCGCCGCAGUGUCGGCUUUACAAUGGCUGGAACACGGCGACCCCGGGCCGCGGUAGUCAGCGGGCUAUGGGAACCCACAGUAGUGUCUUUGUGGCGAAGGCGUGA